AUGUCAACCCUUCCGCCAUUCCAAUCCUCCCGUGACGGCCGUCCCUCCGCAACCGCUGAGCUAGACGGUGCCCGUGACAAUUGUAAGACGCUCCUCACGGUGGCUUUCCAGAUCCUUGUCACUGGUCCGACUAUCUCUGGAGAAUUCCAAAUGGAUGAAUGGACCACCACAGUCGAUACCUUGAUUAGCUCCACUAUUAAAAGGGUUAAAGCCAUGCUUAAGUGCCAUGAUGAUCAGUGA